CCUUACCAGCGCUCCUCAUGACCAUGACCAUGACAAAGACAGACAGUGGCACCCACAACCCAUCACGCAGACUCGCAUGAAGUCACCCAAGAAACCAAAAAACCCUACUUACCAUAACUACUUGCUACCAAGACCAUACUUCGAUCGAUCUAUCAGUUAGCAUCCGGAUGGAGUUCGGGGGAGUUUCAUUUCUACUUGAUUUGCGGCCGGGCGCGAGGAAUUACCUACCUACUUACUUGCUUGCUUUGCUUUGCUUGAUUCAAUUCACAUAUUAUAUUAACACAUACUUAUUUCUUACUAUCCCAUCUUUGCUUCUUUUUUCUUUAUAUCUGGGUUUCAAACUACCUGCUGCACUGCAUUCAGUAUCCAACUAUUCUGUGCUACGCUACCGCUAUGCUAUGCUGCGCUUUGCCUCAUGCCUGUCUAGUCAAAAUCUUGGCUACUCCUGUGAUAUUAGAAUUCCUUUCCCUCCGUUAUCAUGGUUACCUCAAUUCUAGCAAGAUUAUCACUACUUACUAAAAUCACAUUGAUACCUACAGACGAAGCUGC